AUGUAUGACUGGACAAAAAUACUAAAGCGUCGUCGUUCACGCAGGUGGGACAGCUCCGACCCAGAGCGCGCGCCUCCUCCAUUGCCUUUGAAUCCUCGCUCCAUGAGCCCUGCUACCAAGAACAACGUCUCUCCCAACAUCCAGGCCGUGGCAGCCAAGUUUCAAGACAGGUCGAGUGAGAAUGCGCUAAGCUCUUACACAACAAAUCCUAUGCCUCCCAAGUCUGGUUCUCCAGAACGCUCACUGGUCAAGGGCCAUUAUCAUAAGCGCAUGCAAUCUUUACAGCCUAGUGACACCAAGGGCGACGCACGUUCUGAAUUCCUGAAUUACUUGGAAAGCCGAUCCCCAGAACGACCUCUCCGAGCUACCAUUGUUGAUCCGACGACCAAGCCGCAGGAUUCGAGCAAAGGUCCAGAAUCACCACCAGCCCGCGCAGCUGAGCGCGAAAUCCCUAGCUAUGUGUCUAGCCGUUAUCUGUCAAAACCCCUCUUUGGCGAAAGCACACCUCCCUCUGCCACUAUGCUGGCUUUACAGAAUAUGCAACUUCCAAUUGAUAAUGACCCGCCAUCUCCCUCAAAACCUCCCAAGAUGCUCCCGGCGCCCAAAUCCGAGGAUCGCGCCCACACCAUGGAUACCCUCGCGUCCCAGAUUCACAGCCUCACCGAUAUUGCCAGCAACCUUCAGCGCGAAAUGUCAAAUCUGAGUCGACGAAGUAAAGAUAAUGCAACUGACUUGGUCAGCUUGAAGGCUGCAACCAAUGCUCGAGAUGAAGAUAUUCGAAAGAGCCUGAAGGAUUUGUCCUCCAGCCUCACGUCGAAGUAUUUGGAUGGUGAAUUUUCAAGGUUUGAUCUCGGUGCAUUCCUGAAGCCUGAAAACGGGCCUAACCCCACUGAAUCGGAUAGUUCUCCCAAUUCCAAGAGAAGCUACUCUGUGCCACGAAUGCCCAGCCCUAACCCCUUCGCUUUCGAUCGUGAUAUAUGUGGAUCGCCUGCACCAAUAUCCGAUGGAUCCGCUAGUAUUGCCUUGCUCGAAAAAGUUUUGCGUGAAAUGGCCACGAAGGAAGGUGAGGAGAGGCUUCUGGAACUCGUCGAUGAAAUCAAGUCACGUCCCGCAGCUACGCCAUCCGACAAAGAUGCCGAUACGAAGAUCACCAAUAUGCUAGAAGAAAUCUUGAACCUUGUCAAAGAAGAUCCUUCCAGUAAAGCUCUUGUUCGCUCUAUGACGACUCAGAACCUUCGCCCACCGGACAGUGCCAAUGUGGAAGGUACUCGAUCUGCUUCUCUUGGAUCGAUUGAUGGAUCGGCGACUGUGCGAGCCUUGAAUGUACCAUCCUCAAACAACCAACUUCAACGUGCCUCAGCCAGUGGCGACGAGGUUUUGACGAUUUUACGAAGUGUCAAAAACAGCGUCGUUGAAAGUGGUGGUAUGACCAAUGGUGUGAAAGCCUUGGUACGUGAGCUUCGAGGCGAGGUUCUUGGCAUGGGCCGUGAUCUUGCUCGAAAGCUGGAAACUGUCGAGUCAAAUAUCGUUAGUGAUGCAGAGCCCAAGGAUCAGUCUCAACCCCUCAGUGCAGACGAAAUUUCUGCCAUAAUCAAUGAGAGCCUUCGCGAUCUGCAGGAGCAGCUGGCUGCGACUGUUAAUGAAAGCCGCAAUCACUCCACUGCUCUAUCAGAAUUCCAGUCCACCAUGAACAGCGCCGAAAUUUAUUCCAUCGUGAAGAAGGCUUUGGACGAGAUCGAGUUUCCUCAACCUCAGCAAGAGUCACAAGGUUCUCAAAUGGAAAAAGACGACAUCCUGGAUACCGUGCGCGAAGCAUGGGAGACAUAUAAGCCAGAGAUUGAGCUGCAGACGAUCGGCCUGGAGCGUGACGAGAUUCUGGAGUGUCUAGCUGAGGGUCUGAAGUCCUAUCAGCCUCAGCACCAACAGGCUAUCACCUAUGAAGAAGUGCUAGCUGCUGUGCAGACUGGCAUGCAGAACUUCACACCACCACCAGUGGAGCACAGUCCAACCAUCACACGAGACGAGAUCAUUCUCACCAUCCGGGAAUGCCUGGAAAAGCCCGAGUCUGCUUCUCGUGGAUUGGACCAGGAACAUGUCACUCACCUGAACUCUAUGCGAGAUGAUAUUCUUCAUGCUGUAUCAGAGAAGCUGCAGCCCCAAUCCAGAGGCCUGGAUGAGGAGCAUGUCAGCCACUUGUACUCAAUGCGUGACGAGAUUCUCCAUGGACUGUCCCAGAUUGCCCAAUCUCAGCCCCGCGGAUUGGAUGAGGAUCAGGUCAACUACCUCAACAAUAUCCGAGAUCAGAUUCUUCACGCCGUGACCGAGAGGCAAGAGCCAUCUCAACGUUCUCUGGACGAUGAGCAUAUCCACUACCUCAAUUCAGUGCGCGAUGAUAUUCUCCAUGCUGUCACUGAGCGAUCUCAAUUUGCUGCUCCUAGAACCCUCGACGAUGAGCAGUUCGAGCACAUGAACAAUCUUCGAGACGAGAUUCUCGAUGCCGUGACCCGCUCCAUCGCUACCCAGAGCGUCGUUAGCAAGGAGUCCUUUGACUCUGGCCUGGGCCGCGAUGAUAUCGUUAGUGCCAUCUCUGACGGUCUCGAGGCUCACUUUACUACAGCGAAGGAAAUGGACGACAGCCGUGUCUCUCGCGAAGAUGUUGUGAAUGCCAUUAAUGAUGCAUUCAACGCUCAGCAGUCUGCUUUAACACCUGCCAAUCCCCCUAGCAUUUCGCGUGAAGAGAUCAUGGAUGCCAUCGCCGAAGGCAUUGAGAUCGCCAAUCAAACCAAGGAAACAGCACUGAGCGCUGAUGUUCACAGCCAAAGCCUCUCCGCAGACGAGAUAUUCGAAGCCAUCUCAGAGGGCCUGCACAGAUACCAUGAGUCUGAGAAGUCUGCGCUUAGCACGGAGGUCCAACAGCCGGUCCUCACUCGCGAGGAGGUUUUCAAUGCCAUCGUGGAUGGGUUCGAAAGUGCCAACACUAUGACCCGGGAGAUCGAACUCAACAAGGAGGAUCUCAUGGAAGCUAUUACCGCUGGCCUCCAAGAAGCUACCAGUGCUGCGAACCUCAAUGUUGGCGAUCAAGUGCUUGAGCGCUUGCAAGAGGUCAUUGGGGGCAUGAAAGAAGAAUUGAAACAGUAUUCUGCGCCCAAUAGCCAAGAUACUGAACAAGUCCUGGAAACCAUCAAGGAUGAGCUUGCUGUUGUACGGCAGGAGAUCGAGUCCUACGUUGCCACUGCUCAAGAUGUUUCUGGCAGACACGAGAUCAUCGACACCGUCAAGGAUGGAUUCCGAUUACUCCAAGCCGACAUGGAGAAAACGAUCACCGACACAGCCGUAUCACAUGCGCCUCGCAGCAAUCCCGAUACCCCUGAGCUGUUGGAUGCAAUGGAGAAGGAAUUCGAGCACCUUCGAGGAACCAUCAGCAACCUUCUCACCGACAAUCAUCGCACAGGGAGCGAAAAGGACGAGAUUCUCGAUGCCAUCCGUGAGGUUGGCGAGCAGCACAAAUCUAACUCGGGCGAUGCACAGAUUCUCAGUUCGAUUAAGGAAGAGUUUGAAGCCAUGCGUGAGCGCAUGGAGAUGAGUGUUGUCCGCGCCGAGCCACCAUCCUCGGAUAAAGAAGAUAUCAUCGCUGCUCUCCGAGAGAGUCUUGAUGCCCUUCGUGAGGAAACCAUACAGCUCAAAUCCCAGCCCGGCGAUGAACAGCUCCUCAAUUCAAUCAAGGAACACCUUGAGUCUAUGCGCGAGCGCACGGAGAUGAGCGUCGUCCGCUCUGAGCCUGAAUCAACCGACAAAGAGGACAUCAUUGCUGCCCUGCGUGAAAGUAUCGAUGCUCUUCGUGAGGAAACCAUGCAGCUCAAUGCUCAGCCUGGCGAGGAACAGAUUCUCAACUCCAUCAAAGAACAGUUCGAAAGUAUGCAUGAGCGUAUGGAAACGAGUGUUGUUCGCUCUGAACCACCACCCUCAGAAAAGGAGGAUAUCGUUGCCGCUUUGCAAGACAACUUCGACGCCUUGCAUGCCCAGCUCAGCGCCCAACCUGCCGAGGAGCAAAUCAUCAACUCUAUCAAGGAGCAGUUCGAGGCUAUCCGUGAGCGCAUGGAGACCAGCCUUGUCCAUUCUGAGCCACCUGCAUCUGAGAAGGAAGACAUUGUUGCAGCCCUCCAGGAAAAUUUCGAUGCUUUACAUGCUCACUUCAGCGCCCAACCUGCAGAAGAGCAGAUUUUGAGCUCUAUGAAGGAACAGUUUGAUGGCAUGCGUGAGCUUGUGGAGAUGAGUCUUAUCCGUUCUGAAAAGGAAGAAAUCGUUACUGCUUUGCAAGAAAACUUCGAUGCUCUCCACGCUCAGCUUAGUGCUCAACCUACAGAAGAGAUAAUCAACUCUGUGAAGGAGCAGCUUGAGGUGAUACGUGAGCGUAUGGAGACAAUCGCUGUUCCCGCUGAGCCCGUGUCGGAGAAGGACGACAUUGUUGCCGCGCUACAGGAAAACUUCGAUGCUCUACAUGCUCAACUUGGUGCUCAACCCGCAGAAGAGCAGAUCAUUAACUCGAUCAAGGAGCAGUUCGACGCUCUGCGCGAGCGUAUGGAGAUGAGCGUUGUUCCCGCUGAACCCCCUGCCUCCGAGAAGGAAGACAUUCUUGCCGCCCUACAGGUAAACUUCGAUGCUCUACAGGCUCAACUCGGAGCUCAACCCGCGGAAGAGCAAAUUCUCAAUUCCAUGAAGGAACAGUUUGAUGCUAUGCGUGAGCUUAUGGCGACAAGUCUUGUUGCUGCUGAACCUAUAUCAGAGAAGGAAGAUAUUGUUGCUGCUUUACAGGAAAAUUUUGAUGCUCUCCAUGCUCAGCUAGGUGCUCAACCUGCCGAAGAGCAGAUCAUCAACUCUAUUACAGAGCAAUUUGAGGCCAUCCGCGAGCGUAUGGAAAUGAGUGUUGUUCCCGCUGAACCCGUAUCGGAGAAGGAAGACAUUGUUGCUGCUCUCCAACCAAACUUCGACACUCUGCAUGCUAAGUUGAGUGCCCAGCCUGGGGAAGAGCAAAUUCUCAAUUCCAUGAAGCAGCACUUUGAAAGCCUCCGCGAGCGUAUGGAGAUGAGCAUGGUUCCCGUAGAACCCCCUGCAUCCAACAAAGAAGAUGUCAUCACCGCUCUUCGUGAGCAUUUUGAUGGUUUGAAGGAGCAAGCAGCUCAGCAAAACAGUCAGCCUGGCAUUGAGCAGGUUCUUGACUCGAUGAAGGAGCAUUUCGAGACCAUGCGGGAGCGAAUGGAAAUGAGUGUCGUGCGCGCCGAGCCUCCUUCAGACAAGGAAGACAUCAUUGAUGCCCUUCGUGGACAUUUCGACUCCUUGCGCGCGGAAACAAUCCAACACAACAAAGAUGGCACCGAGAACAUGUUAUCUAACACAAGCGAGAUCCUUGUUGCUUUCAAUGGUGGAAUUGAAUCAAUCCGUGAGGAUGUUCAGAAGGUCCUCGACAAGCCCGCUGAAUUCGAUGCUUCUGAGAUUCUGGAAACUGUCAAGGAUGGCUUUGCUGAGCUCCGGCUUGAGCUGGAGUCCCUGCGCCAGCCUGAGGAGGAGGAGGCCACCAGGGAGAUUGACGAUGCUGAAACUACUCGCGGUGGUGAGAUGGUACUCGCUAGUGAAUCUACCCUUGGACCGGAUAUCGAGGGCUUGAAGUCUCUGAUUACUCAACUCACCGACAAAGUUGAUGCUAUUGACUCUGCCUCACCAACCGAGGAACAAUCUGAAGUCUCGGAACCAGCUGAGGGUGCACUGAAUCGUGGUCACUUGGAUGAAAUCAUGGUUGCUUUGCAAGAAGUUCAGCUUGCCAUGGGCGAGAUGAGUGCCAAUAAAGAACUGCCUGAGGGUGUUGCUCGCAAGGAAGACACUGAUGCUCUUGAAAACCUGAUAUUGAGCACCAAGGCUCAGCUUGACGAGAUCAACUUCCCAGCUCCCGAGGAGCUUGCCAGCGCCGAGCAAAUCGCCGCUCUUGAGACAAUGGUGCGAGAGGCAAAGGACGCUAUUGCUGAGUUCUCUGCUCGUCUUGAGGCCGAAGGCUCUACCAAGGCUGAUAUCGGUACGCUUGAAGGUCUCAUCAAGGAUGUCUGGAUCUCCGUUGAUGAACUGAAGGGCAAGAGUCAGGAUGGCGAGGAGACAGAGGAGGGAGACGAAGGGGACGACAAUGGAAAACUACUCAAGUCUGAUCUUCAGACCGUCGAGGCCAUGAUCUUCGAAGUCAAAACCCAAAUCGAUGAGCUGAAAUUGCCUGACGUGGAAUCUUUGCCUACAAAGGAUGAAAUCAACGAACUCUCGUCUCUCGUCACAGACUUCCGUGAUAAGAUGGAAUCCGCCAACGACCUCACCGCCCAAGGCUUUGAGGCUCGCAAAAUUGAACAUGGUGGUCUUGCAGAGAAAAUAGACGAGAAGAUCGAUGAAGCCAAGUACGUUGUUGGAGAACUUGGAGAGGAACUCAAGAGCAAGCUCGAUGGUAGCAGCGAGGGCCUCAAUGAACUCAAGCAGCUUCUUGAAGGUCUCGCGGUCUCUGCAGAGAGCUUCACUACUGUCGAGAACGUGAAGGAGCUUACUGAUCUCAUCAACCGUGAAUUUGAGCGUGCUCGUGGCGAGGAUGAUGCCACCAAGCUUGACAAUGAGGAGAGAGAUGCCGCUGCCCUAGUCAAGCAUGAUGAGACUCGAGCUGCCAUCAUCAACGAAAUUGGUACCAAGAUCGAUGAGAAGAUUGGCGAAAUCCUGUCCAAAUACGACGAUGCGCACAACUCGUUGCACUCCAAAUUUUCCGAGACCGAAGAGCGAGAUAUGGCUCACGCUGAGAUGGUCACUAGCACCAAAUCCCUGGCAGAAGACAUCAAGCUUGUGAUUGGUUCUAUGGGUACUACAGUUACGGAGACAUGCGAGCGCAUGGCUGAAGAUACCAAAGCUCUAGCCGAAAAGGUUGGCGAGUCUUACACCCGAAUGGAGGAGAUGCACAAUGAGGCGAAGUCCCAUCAGGAGCAAUCGCGUGGCGAGAAUGAGCGAGCUGUUGCAGCCACAGAGCGUGUCGAGAGCAAGCUACUCGAAUUCCACCCUCAGAUCUUGCAGACUGUUCAGGAGAUCCUGACAGUUGUCAGCGACCACUACGAUCACUCCCAGAAGUCAACAGAGGAGGUCAAGUUGGAGCUCUCUGCACUUCCAUCAACCAUUCCGACCAUGCUCCCUGCCUUGCCUCCCCCAGAAUCCUCUCGAGAAAUUGAGGACGACCCUGUACACAAUAAAUUGAAUGAUUUGCUGGAGCACGCCAAGAACAAUCCCAUUCAAGAAGUGCUCAAUACGCUCGUGGAACAUUCGAAGAACGACCAGCUUCACAGCAAGCUUGAUCGUGUCCUAGAGGCCAGUGCUGCGUCCAACAGCGACAUCUACGAGAAGCUCAAUUUGAUCCUCGACCAAGCUACCAGUGGCAGUGGUUCCGUCCAUGAAAAGCUCGAUGCCCUCCUUGAACGUCCAGUCAAUGCUGUUGAUCCUGAUCAAACUGUCACCCAGAUGAUGAAAUUGGAUGAAAUGCAUAAGGACAUCAUGGAGAAUACUCGCAAAAUGAAUGAGAUGUUCGCUGCUCAGUCAAUCCUCGUGGCUGAAGACACCGAGCGCAAGCGUCGCGAGGCAGAAGAGGUGGCGAUUGCCCUGGAGCGCAGAGUCGCCCAGCGAGAGCAAGUUGAGUCUGAGAUCGUUGGUCUACACGAGGAGAAGGAUUCUCUGUUGAAGAUGCUUCACACCUUGAAGACUGAGAAGGAUGAGCUCACCAAGCAGAACGCCAAGAUGAGCAAGGAACUUUCUGGUCUUGAGACUGCCCUCGAGAUUCGUCAUGAAGAGAUGCAGCAGAUGGAGGAGCGUGCCGAUGGUCUCGAGAAGCGUAUCUUGGAAGGUGUCCUCGACCAUGCCCGCAGCGUACUCCUGAGCCGAUCCGGUAGCAUCAGCACCAUGAAUCUCAAGCGCAAUCGAAGCGUCCGUACCUCCCGCACUGGUGCUCGAAGCCCUAGUAUGAUGAGUACAACCACUGUCAGCACUGCUCGAGAGCCCAAAGAUGCUCGCAGUCUUCUCGGAAAUGGUGUCGGCAUGGCCCUCAAGCGUCGCACAGUCCACGGUCACCAACCCGCAACAACCGCAGUCCAGCCUAAUAUCGGCAAAGAGCGCCGCAUUCUCAGCCUCAGCCAUGUCACGGGAAACCGUGAUGCAGGGCGUCAGAUUGGACCCAAUACCGGCAUGCCCAGCCUCAAGCGCAGUCACUCAGUCAAAUCGAACUUCUCUCUCCGCAAGGCAUCAUGGGCAGGACCCAAGUCUACUUCAAACAAGGAGAACGAAGCAUUCCACGAAGAAGACGAGCUUCAGAGUGACGUUGAAAGCGAUGCUGGCACAGAGCGCAACACUAGCUACGCGGGUACGGAUAGACGUUCUAGUUACGCGGGCACGGAACGCAAAGCUAGCUACGCAGAGACCUGCACCGACAGCGUGGUGACUGGGGUCACUGAGAGUGUUAUCUCCGAGGACCGUCGUACCAGCGGUAUGAGCGGUACUUCUGAUGGUCGAACUGAAUAUGUCGAGAGUUCCAUUGCGGAUGAUGACCACGACCAAGAAUCUGACCAUGAAGGGUCUGAAGCAUCAUCUCAGUCAGGCGAUGAUACUGAGACAGCUCGUGAGAACGAUGAUGGAGAUGAUGCUACUACCGAAGGUGGAGAAAAAGAGGAGAAUGGGGAUGACCAGUUCUCUGACACUGCUUCGGCGGUGGAAGCAGAGGGGAUGAAACUUCUGGAGGCUCCUCCUGAUGGUGGAUUAGGGACUGAAAUGACUGUCUCGUGA